CAUGACUCCGACCCUGACGACGACGACGACGACGGCGACGACGGCGACGACGUUGCCUUGACGCCUGCCGAUGCGCUUCAGUACCGCGUCGCCGGCCUUGAUCCCCAGACCGCCCGACCUCCACCCCCCUUCCCCCACGCCGCAGCCACCCGCACCGAGCCAAAGCUCUCGCCAGCCGCCAUCCAGAAGGAGCUGGCAAGCCUUGACCCUCCCGUCUACGCAUCCGGCCUAUCGUCAACCGCUCGUGUAACAUCUGCUUCAUCCCAACCGCCGACGAACUUGCGCCAGCACCAUCUCGGCGUGAUGACCGCGGUGAUGCAUAGCUGCUUACUCAAAGGUGACUAUCAACGGGCAGGCCGUGCCUGGGGAAUGAUCUUGAGAGGCAAUUACCAUGGAAAGAGCAUGGAUGUGCGAACCAGCGGAAGAUGGGGCGUUGGUGCUGAAAUUCUCUUGCAUCGAUACUCCCAAAAGGAAAACAACGCCGUCGAUUUGCUCUUCACCGAGGAAGGCUUCAAGGCUGCCCGAGACUACUACGAGCGGCUGAUUUUGGAAUACCCUUACCGCCAGACUCAUCAGCGCUUCACAAACUCGCUUACCUUUUAUCCAGCUAUGUUUGGUUUAUGGAUACAUGAGAUUUGCGAGACAAAAAACGCUAGCAUUGCGAUGAUCGAAAAGUCCUCCAACAACACCUCAGACCUAGAUGAUGACACUGCCGAGUCCAUGUCAGAUAUUGAGGACCGUGAGGCCCAAAUCAUUGCAGUUAAAGCAAAAGAGUUGAAGCAGGCCAAAGAACUAGCGCAGCGACUCGACGAACUGUUCCUUUCUCCGCCUUUUGAUAAGCACGCGGAUCUGCUGAGACUACGAGGCAUGGUUUCCUUAUGGAUUGGCGAUCUU